CUUCUUUCAGAAGGGAUCAAUAAAGCAUGAAAAAAGCCAUCUGUAAAGCAUGAAAAAAGCUGUUGCCAUGUAUCUUUAAGAAUCUAUGGUCGGAGAAGCCACCGUAAAGGUUAAGUGAUGCACGUAAGAUGUUUGAAGAAACGUCCAUGAGAAACAUUUUUACUUUGAAGUUCAGUGUUCAUGAAAUUGAAAUGAAACCGCAAGUCUGGCUGUGACAUCGCCUGUCAAGUGAGUAUAAUUGAUGCCCUAUUACUUUUUCUUGGUCCUAUUAGUGGGACUUGAAAGAUUUGUCAUAGGCUGAUUAUUUUUGUACUUGAUUCUAUUUAAUUCUAAUCGAACCUUCUAUGUAUUUGCCUGUUGGUAAAAGUAAGUCCUUAGAGCUAUGUAGUUCUCAGUUGUGGGCAAUUUCAUACCAAGAUUAUUGAAGAUGAGAAGGACAAUAAUCGAGGUAGUUCCUCCAAGGUUAAGGGAACUGUGGAGUGAAUGGCAGCUACGAGUAGUGGUUCUAGUUAGCCUUAUCCUCCAAAUAGUUCUAAUCAUUUUUGGCAAUCGCAGAAAGCACAUUCCAAGAACUUGGAUUAGAUUUGUUGUUUGGUCUGCCUAUCUGGCUGCUGAUUCAGUAGCCACUAUUGCCCUUGGUGUAAUCUCAGGUAAUCUCGGUGACAUUUAUAAAGAUAAUGGUUCUAUAGACACAAAUGUUGAACUAAAUGCAUUUUGGGCACCAUUUCUGUUGUUGCAUUUGGGUGGCCCGGAUACCAUUACUGCAUACUCCAUUGAAGACAAUGAGCUGUGGUUAAGGCACUUUCUUGGACUAGUUGUGCAAUCAUUUGGCACAAUUUACAUUUUCCUCAUGGCCUGGACAGGCUCCCGUCUUUCCUUUCUGACCAUUGUGAUGAUUUUUGUUGGCCUUAUAAAGUAUGGAGAGAGGACUUGGGUUCUUCGUUCAGCAAGCUACGACCAACUUAAAGGCUCCUUGAGUAUCGCUCGCAUUGAUCCUAGCCCUGGAAACUCCCAUCUAAUUGAGGAAUACAAUCUGAGGUAUGGUGAGGGAUACAAUGUGAUACCUAAUAGAGUGAUUGAAGUUCAACUUCCUGUGGAUUCUGCUAUUUUUGAAGAUGAUUCCAUCUCCAAGGAUGAUGAAUUACUUACUGCAUACGGGUUGUUUCAAAUAUUCAAGGGCCUUUUUGUGGAUGUCAUGCUCGGGUUCCGAGAUCGGGAUACCAGCCAAAUUAUUUUUCAGAGCAUAUCUUAUGAGAAAGCUUUCAGGCUGAUUGAAAUGGAACUGGGAUUCAUUUAUGAUAUGCUUUUUACCAAAGCAAUGUUGGUCCAUAAUCCUUGGGGCUUUUUCCUGCGCAUUGUUAGUUUCACUCUUACUUGCAUUGUGUUGGUGCUCUUCUCAUUAGCUACUGAGAUGAAAAACUACUCAAAGCUUGAUCUUUCCAUAACUUUCCUGCUGCUGGUUGUAGCUAUUUCUCUAGAGAUGUAUGCAACACUACUAUUGCUUUCCUCAAAUUGGACCAAUGUUUUGUUGAGCAUGCAUAAGAAAACAACCACCUUGCAAGCAAUUAAUUCUCUUCCAUUGCUUCGAAGCCCUCAGUGGUCGAAUUCCAUAGCUCAAUAUAGUCUUCUUAGCUUCAUCCUCAAAGAUCAGCCCAUGGUUUGCCGUGGAAUCUUGAAGCACUUCAACUUCAUUGAACAGUUAGAGCAACAUAGACAUGUAAACUACAUGGAAGUCCCUCUCAUUCUGAAAGAAUGGAUCUUCAAUCAUCUACGAAAGAAACUCAGGGAAAUGCAGAAGGAAAAAGAACCAGGCACAUACAAUCUAGAAGCCUUGCGCAUUGCAAGAGGAAACCUUGUGGUGCAAAAUUAUAAUCAUAAUGAAUUGGAUUGGAGCACCAAGGUAGAGUUUGAUCAGAGCAUCCUCAUCUGGCACAUUGCUACUGAUAUUUGCUGCAACAUGGAAACUGAAACAGGUAGUAUUCAAUCAAAGAUUGAAAUGAGCAAAGUAAUGUCACAGUAUAUGAUUUAUCUGCUAGUCAUGAAACCUUCAAUAUUACCAACUGGUAUGGGUGAGCUCAUCUAUGAACACACUUGUACAGAGGCUGUGAAAUUUUUUAGCACCGCGGGCAAAACUGAUCCUCAUACAAAGUUACUUCAACAAUAUACCACUAGGCCCCAAUUGGUUGGAGACAAGUACAGAUCAAGGAAGUCUGUUUUAUCAGAUGCCUGUAGGCUUUCAGAAGGCCUGAUCAGUAUUUCAAAUAAGGAAGAGAAAUGGAGUAUGAUUGUUGAUGUUUGGGUGGAGAUCAUAGCCUAUGUCGCGAAUCAGAGCAAUGGAAAACAGCAUUCAGUUCAACUAACUAGUGGGGGUGAAUUUCUAACUCAUGUGUGGCUUCUCAUGGCACAUUUUGGCUUGACACAGCACUUCCAGACACCUCAACCCCGUGCAGUAGCUGGACUGAUUGUGAGAUAAGCUACCAUAUUCUCCUUUGUGUCAUAUGUUUGUCAAGUGAUUCUCUUGGCUUGGCUAGUUAGUGAUAAUUUGCAUUUGUUUUUGUGCAUAAGCAUAAUUAUCUCAAUUGAAACACUGUAGUCUGUAUUUGCCCCAUAAGUUCCAUGCUGCCUCUUUAUUCUCUAUAGCACCUAUAUUUAUAGUAUCAUUACCAAUGAUGGUUAAGUGUUGAUUGUGUUGAGAAUUUCUGCAACAGAAAUUCCUUUGUCCAAUGAUUUUCAGCACUUUAAAUGAAUUUACUUCUCUUUUUUUA